CCUCUUAAUAUCGCCUACUUUAGGCUAUUAAAGCGUAAGUAUAGUAACGUAGUUUUAGCCUUAGUGCGUAACCGCACUAACUAUAUUAGUAAGGACACCUUUCUACUAGCCUUUAGGGCUGCUCUUAAGCAAGACUACGCGUUUUUCGACGUGUUUACGUCUAAUAACUGUAAGAAGGCCUUUAAGGCAGUAGGGCUAGUCCCUCUUGACGCGUAG